AUGCCGGCCGGGACGUACAGCGCAGCCUUCGCUUUCAGUGCGGCAACCACGGAGAAGAUCGUGGCGGCUUGCAAGGAGCGGUCUAUCAGCGUGACCUCUGCAGUUCACGCCAGCGUUGCCGGCGCUAACUUCGCCCUCGCCGAUGCGGCGGCUAGGGACAAGCAUUACACCAGCACCGUCCGCUUCUCUCUGCGGCCGCACUUGCCCGAACCCUACUCAACGCCCGCUUUUGCCGCCGGUCUAUAUACGACCGGCUGGAUGAAACGUGUUGAGCCUCAGGCAUCCUGGGCGCAGCAUGCACAAGACUACGAGGAUGAGUACCGAAAGGGGGUUACGCGAGACUUCUUGGAUGCCCAUCGGGGAGCGGUGGCGACCCACCAGCGAUCUUAUGGUACCCCCGAGGCUGGGUUUCAGGUCAAGGCGGUCAGUGUUGGGGUCGAGAUUCUCUUCCGGCAGGCCGUGACAUUUGUUUGGACAUUCCGCAACCAGCUAAACCUCAGCGUCGUCUACAACGAAUCGUUCCACUCGGCCGAUCAAAUGAGCCAGUUUGUCGAAAAGUUCAGCAGCCUGCUUCUUGGGGGGUUAGGCGUGCAGGAUGCCUAG